AUGAAGGCGCACAGGGUGAAAAAGGCGGGCGAGGCCGCCAAGGCGAAGGGAAGCGCAAAAGGAAACGCAGUCAAGGCGAAGGGAAACGCUGUCAAGGCGAAGGGCCACGCCGGGGAGGGGGGGUCCAGCUUGGUGAAUCUGAAAAUAAAGAACGAAAACAUCCACGUAAAAAAUAUCGUGCGGACGAUACACUACGUGUAUAACAAUAGGUACGACAGCGAGACGGGCUUCUCCUACAUAAAAGACAUCCUGAAGAACAUCAUCAAGGGCAAUGUAUACGACGUGGAGCACAAGCGGUACGUGAACGAGCACUGCAUUUAUGAGCUGUGCGCGAGGAUAGCCCUAAACAUGGUGAGGAGCAAUGCUAAGGAUGAAAAUUUCAACAAGAUGAUGGACUUCCUGUUUGACAUUUUGUACUAUUGCGAUGUGUUGCUCAGCGAGAGGGCGAGUCGCCGGGGGGGGAGGAGCGCCUCGGCAGGGGUCAGCAGUGUUAGCGGCGUUAGCGGCGUUGGCGGUACUGGCAGCACUGGCAGCACUACCGGUGGGGGGGAGGCAGGGCAGGAGUACGAGCUGAUCGCCAAGCUCUGGAACCGCCUGCUGGACAACAUAUUCAUCAAAGACCGGAAGCAGCGAAUCAACUUGUGCAGAAUCGUAAAGGCGUUGGUGAAGAAGGCCUGCGCCUUGCAGAUAGAUGUAUCGAACAAGCUGUGCAAGAAGCAUGUGAAUAUUUUUUUGUCCCUUCUGAAUGACAAGGACCAUAACAUCCGGAUUCUGUGUCUGAACAUUUUAGAACCCUUUCAGGACUUCAACACCACGGCUAGCUACCUGCGCUGUCUUGAUGAUUCCCACAACGCAGUCAGAAUACACGCCAUUAAAAAUAUAGCCAUCUACGCAGAUGAGGCAAAUGGGGGGACAAACGGUAGGAACAAUUACGACCACUUGAUCAUUCUGAAGAGCUUCCUCGUAAGAAUAAAUGAUACAAACCCUAAUGUCAGAAUAAGUGUGUAUGAAAAAUUAAAGAGCCAUUAUUUCUUCAUCCCAUCGGAUAUGAAAUUUGAGUUGCUCCUAUGUGGACUGAACGACAAGGACAACUCCGUAAGGCAGAGUUGCUACGGCAUGGUCAUUCACUGGGUGCAGCAUUUCGAUGAUAAGUUGGAAAAUCUACUCCUCCACUUGAUCAAUAGCGACAUUGAUAAUGACCUCAUUGUGGAGCAGAUUUGCAAAAUUCACCUGAACAGUGUUAGGAACGGCGUGAUUCGGAGUGGCAGCAUUGAAUUGGGCAGCACGCAGGGGAGGUCAUCCGAUGUCAACGCUACAGAGGAAGCAACGGAACGGCUAAGCAGCAGCUGUAGGAACGAGUUGCGCGGCGAAGACAAAGGGAGGAAGUCCCACAGUGGUGAUGGCACCCCGCACAACGGGGAUGCGAAUAGCCCCUACGGAGAGGCCUGGUACUCCCACUGCAUAAACAACCUGUUCCUGCUAAACGCAGCAGAAUUAUACAUGCUUCGAGUGUACGUACAGCACUUUUGCGAUGAACAGGAGAAGGAAAAAAUCGACGCGCUGAAGGUCAUCAACGCUGUGUACUACUACAUGCACCUCAGCCGCUUCAAUGAGAGGGUCUACUACAACAGGAAGAACUACAUUAACUGCGUCGAAAAUAAUGAGAGUGACCAGGCGGAUAAUCUGCACCUGUUCUGCACCUGUGGGAAGGGCAAGACGGAUGUUAAGCAGCUCGAGGAGGAUAGGAAGAGGCGCUUCAUGGAGACCUCCCUUUUCGACGACGAGUUUUGCGACAAGUGCAUGUACUACCGGGCUGUGCAGAACAGCACUGAGGGGGUGAAUGGCCAAGCGGAUGGCACUGAGGGGGUGAAUAGGCAAGCGGAUGGCACUGAGGGGGUGAAUAGGCAAGCGGAUGGCACUGAGGGGGUGAAUAGGCAAGCGGAUGGCACUGAGGGGGUGAAUAGGCAAGCGGAUGGCACUGAGGGGGUGAAUAGCCAUGCGGAUGGCGCUUCGGCUAACCAUGCGGAUGGCAAUUCGGCUAGCCAUGCGGACGGCACUUCGGUUAACCAGGAAAAUGGGGGAGGGGCGAACGACCCCGGCGAGCACGUCCUCAUCAACGAAGACAACAUCAACGAAAAUUACAACUACAUUUGCAACAUGAAGAACCUGCUGCUGAUUUGCAAAUAUUUGGACAUCAUCGAGACGUACCAGGUGGAGAAAAUCCUCCAGUGCUGCUCCACCGUCCUGCUGCGAGGCCCCCUGCGAGAGGUCAUCAUCAAAUGUAUGCUCAACAACACGGGGGUUAAUUACUACAAACUGCAGAAGGGGCACAUCACGUGUGCCUACUGGCUGAGCAGCAGCUAUGUGUAUGCUUGUCUGGAGCUGCUCCGGCAGAUGGUCUACAUUAAGAAUAAAAACUGCCAUGUGAAUGACGUGGAAAUUAGCCUGACCAAUCAGAUACUCGGCAUCAUCUCGGAGAUUAAGGAGCCGUUCGAAAACCCGGAGAGCGAGAGCCCCUUCGCGGUGGACCCCGUCAACUUUGCAGAGGAGGGGAAGCGGCAAGGGGAGACGCGGUUGGAGGGGUCGACAUUGGCAUCGACGCGAUUGGAGGGGUCCCCCCGAAAUGGGUCGGAGAGUUCCCCUAAACUGGCUGCGAAAGAGCAGGGGGCGAAGCAGACGGAGGGGAACCCCCUGGGGGCCCUCUUCAGCACCAUCCUGAACGUGGAGAACGACAGCAUCUUUGAGAUCAUCCGGAAGAAGAAGCUAAACACGCUGUCGAUCGAGCACCUGCUGAUCCUCUGCAGGAAGAUGCAGCACAAGCUGGACGUGACGGAGGCGAAGAUAAAGGACUUGACCGAAAUGGAUCGGGAGCGGUCCGCCGAAGAGGUGGGCUCCCCCAAGGGAGACGACCAAAAGGAGAGAAGCAGCCAUUCCCUCUUCGCCUUCCACGACCAGAUAAGACUACACACACAGAUAUUUCUAAAGCAGAUAACCAUGUUGAGUUUGCUUCGACUGGAAUUGAAGAGGCGUUGGUUGAGGAUUCUUUUCAUAUUGGAAUGCUUCCUAUGCAAGAGUAAAUCCCACUGCUCAUUCGAUUCGGCUCUCCGAGAGUUCCCAAACGAGCUGCUACUCCCUGCGUUGAACUUCUGCUGCUCCAUCAUGCCGGAGUGGGAUGACAAAGAAAUAGAGGACCAAUUCUAUGACAUAAUCGUUUCCAAGUGUCUGGGCAACUGGUGCAUGUACAUAUGUAAGGACGAUGAAUUGAAGAAGCAGAUUUAUGCCUACAAAACGGCCAUCGUAGAUACGUGUGACGUUUUGAACAACUGCCUGCUCAGCAUUGAGAGCAUUCACGAGAAGGUGUGCCCCAGUGUGUACCAGAAGGCCAACAUCGAUUUGAUGGCGCAUGCGGAAAGGGGGGUAAAUAAAAGCGGAGCAGUGGGAAAUGCCGGGCAGGCGACUUCCCAGGAGGAGGAAGCCAACCAGAGAACAGCCAAUGAUGAGGAUGGGAGCAGCCAACUCAUCUUCUACGAGUACAACCCGCCAAAUGAGUCCCUCCUGAACUACUUUGCGACGAACCAGAAUGCCUGGUAUGAGUAUAAGGAGCUGCUGGAAAAGCUAGAAAUUAACUCUCUGCGAUGCGAAAUAUACAUCUGCGUUUUGGGGGACCUGCUCAUGACGCACCCAAAUCUGAACAAUGACGAAAUGAUCAUCGACGCGAUAGAAAACAUUUGGAGCUACCUGAGUGGCACCGUCAACACGAGCAAGUACAUUCAGUCCAUCUGUCUGAGGGUCUUCUGCAAAUUGUUGCUAACGGAAUAUCUGGGGAACCACAUUUACAGAUUAUCAAAUGAGGAAAUGCAUAAGAUGGUGAGCAGGUCCUCCACCAAGUUGAGAGCGCUCUUCGAAAUGUGCUUUCUCAUCUCCCCUUCUACCUACAACUGUGUGCAAGAUUUCAAAAAAAUUAGCACCUUUAAUAUAACAAAUAUAAAUGCGCAUGACAAACUGUUCCUGUUUUCUGUGUUUUCUAUGUACCCAUCCAUGAGUGAGACCAACCUGCUGGUCUUCCACUUCACCUUCGAGGAGGUGCUUUUAAAAACGUGCGAUGGGGUCUUGAAGCAUAAGUUGAAAACCAUCAACUACACCAACAUCCUCACCUUCAUCAUCUUCACCAUCCUGCACAAGGCCAAUAUACACUUCCUCGUGGCGCACUUCCCCAAGUAUAUCAAAUCGCUUCUCCUCGUCAUCAUUGAGAAGGGCGUCGCUUUGACUAGCCGCUCCAACAUCGUCGAGCUGGUGUACAAAAUUAUCCAAAUUUACCUCUUCCACGAUUUGGGCCGAGUCCGCGGGGGAGAAGCGGCCGAGACCGGGACAGACGCCGCUUCCCCCGCGGAUGGGGAAAGCGCCAACACAGGCGGGGCGCUCGAACCCAGGGAAGGCAAAAAACGGGGCAGGAAAAAAAAAAACGCAGCCCCGCUUGAAGAAUCAAACGAGAAAAAAGAAGCAGACAAGAGGGAACCCACUCUAAAGACGCAUACCAAUUUCGAAGUAGAAAUGGAACAAGCAGGAAGAGCAGCACAGGAGGAAAAGUCCCAAAAAGGAGAAAAUAAAAAUUUCACAAUUUUUUUUAAAAGUGCCCUCAUCGAUGUGAAUACCACCAUCAAAGAUUUAAAAACGUUUUUUGUCCUCAUCAACUUUUGCAUGCACUCCAGUGAUAUUAUAAAAUCGAAAAAUGAAAUAAAAUUAUGUGAAGCGUUGAAGGACAGUUUGCAGAAAAAGAUAGACGAGGUUAGGACCUACUUCGUGCAAAGGAACCUUGUGGUUGGUGCUCCAUCCGGGGGGGAACCCCCCAUGGGGAAUACUAACACCCUUCUAGAUGUCGCCCAAAUGGAUGCCCUCAAGGAAGAAUCCAUUUACGAGGAAAUCAUCAACGAGUAUGUUAACUACAUAGGAACUUUGCCGCAGAGGAGGUUCUCCUACCCGGUCGUCCCCAGGGGGGUGGACGGCUGCAAUGGGGAGGAGAUGUCUGCAGAGGAGAUUAUGGAGCAGAUCGGCCAUGCCGCCAACGGGCAGCGCCCACGGGGAGGCACCUCUGAUGAUGUACGCACCGACAACCAUCCGUUUGGUGACCGACCGAAUGGAAGCUACGCACGGCUGUUCGAGAAGACGGCCAACUUGGCGCUUAAGGCGAAGUACCCGCCCGGGGAGCCUGGCAUAGAACACAAGGAGACGCAGGACGAAUUCAUCGACGCAAAUGAAGAGGCGUCCUGCUCCAUCCAAAACAGUUUCGAGACCAUCGAUGAGGUUAAGAAGUUCAGCUCCCCCCUUGACGACCUCCUAGAUGUGGGCAGCGCGCCCAGGCUUGCCGCCGCCCGCAGCGACGAAACGGUUUUGCAGCACGGGGGGGGCGGCUCCACUCGCGGAGGAUGCAGCCGGGAAGAAGCCAUAGAAGAAGCCGUGGAGGAUGCCAAGGAGGAAGUCGCGCAGGCAUCCGCGCAGGCAGCCGCGGAAGAACCCGCCGAAGAGACCCCCCUUAGGGAAGACCCCCCCAACGGCGGCAGCGCAAAGCGAGACAGGCGAAACUCCCCGCGCAAGCUAACCGAACUGAACAUAAGCUCCAGCGAGGAAAGCCCCGAGGAGGGGGACCCCCCCUCAAGCAUGAACGACUUCGAGAGCGUCAGGGAUGCCGCCGAUUUCGACGACCACAGUAGCGGGGGCAGCGGGAGCAGCACACACAGCAACGACUCCACCGCCAUGGUGUUUAAGCGGCUAAAUCGGUUGAAGCGCACCAGCUACACCAACGUCGUUUCGAAGUGA